AAUUUUGACCGCAAAUUAACAAAUAUAAGACAGUGCAAAAAUGAGUAAAAUUUCUAAAAUGUUUAAGGGCAGCUCUUCAGGUUCUUCAAGCUCGUCAAAAUCGAGACACAGGGGACAGCGCACCGGACCUUCCUCUCAGGAAGCCAUUCACAGACUUAGGGAAACAGAGGAAAUGCUAACCAAAAAGCAAGAGUAUCUGGAGAAGAAAAUAGAGCAAGAAAUUGCGAUAGCGAAGAAGAACGGCAUGAAGAACAAACGGGCCGCCCUACAGGCUCUGAAGAGGAAGAAACGCUAUGAGCAGCAGCUCACCCAAAUUGAUGGAACCCUGUCCACCAUCGAGUUCCAGAGGGAGGCGCUAGAGAAUGCCAACACUAACACAGAGGUGCUGAAGAACAUGGGCUUUGCAGCCAAGGCCAUCAAGAGUGUCCACCAGAACAUGGACCUGGAGAAGAUAGAUUCUCUGAUGCAGGAUAUAACAGAGCAACAGGAAGUGGCUCAGGAAAUAUGUGAUGCUAUCUCGCGACCUUUCGGUGAGGUGUUUGAUGAGGAUGAGCUCCUGGCAGAACUGGCAGAGUUGGAGCAAGAGGAGCUGGAGGAGAGCAUGAAGAACAUGGGCAGACUGCCUCGUGUGCCCUCCUCCAAACUGCCCUCUGUCCAGCCCAGUCAGCGCACCAAAUCCAAGAAGAGGGUGGACGAUGACAACGACAUGCAGAUGUUAGCAGCCUGGGCAACUCACUAAUAUGCGCACAUGCACAAACACACACGCGCGCGCACACACACACACACACGUGUGCACACACAGUCUAGAUAUGAAGGUUAAUCUGAAGGUUUGUUUGUUCUCGUGAGAAUUUUAUAAGUGUAUACAGUUUAUUUGUUUUCCUUUGUAGCCUAUAAUGGAUAGGCUUGGCAAAAUGUUUGGUAUAUCAGGUAUACAAUAGGUAGGCCUAAGUGAGUUUCUGUGGUCUUUUACACCAGUGUGGUUUCUUUUGUGUGCUUUUCUAUGCUUUACUGUCAGAAACAAAUUAGUUACAUAAUUUUAAUGACACAUGUUUUUGUAAUACAAUAAUGUUAUUAGUCAGACACAUUUUUGUAAAUACAUAUUAAUAUCACUUUAAGAAAUAAACUAUAUACAGCA